GGAAAAUGGAAGAGACCACAUGAUUGGAUGCAUAGCGACCGUGGCCGGCAUCCAUACAAAACCAAACUAAACUGCUAUAUUUUCAUUUUCCCAAAACAAAACAAAACAAAACCGUACUCAACUCUCAGGCACACCUAUUGUGACAUCAAACCCUAAUUUCCGGUAAACAUAUGUUUUAUUAUUGAUUUUUCUGUUCUAAUUCACUAAUUUUGUUAUUUAUUCAUCCACCGAUCCUUGUUCUUGUUCGAAUUCUGUAAAUAAUCUGUCAAUCACUUCAUCGAUUGCGAUAACUGUUUGUUGUGGUCGGUUAUCGUUGGUUUGAUGAUGAAUACUGCUUCUGCGCAUUGUUCGUUGGGUUUUACGGCUCAUUUUCAUGAAAGUUUGAGAAGUUCUGGUUCUAAUGCGAGUGUAAUCUUUCGUUGUGGUGCGGAAUUUGUUAGAAUUGGAUUGAGUUCUAGCUCUGGUGCAUCAGUUUGCUCUAAGGGAUGUGUAGGUCAAAUAUGUGCUCUACCGGACAUAGAUGACAUAUUUUCAGAGAAGACUCCAACGCCUAUUCUUGAUACAAUUGAAAGCCCUAUGCACUUAAAGAACCUAUCCCAUAAGGAAUUGAAACAAUUGGCUGAUGAUAUUCGCUCAGAGUUGUCUUUUAUAAGACAUGAAACUCAAAAGUCAGUGAAAGGUAGCAUGUCAGUGGUGGAGUUGACAAUUGCUAUACACCAUGUCUUUUCUGCUCCCAUGGAUAAGAUAUUAUGGGAUGCCGGAGAGCAAACUUAUGCGCAUAAGAUUCUGACUGGAAGGAGGUCUGUUAUGCAUACACUUAGACAAAAGAACGGAAUUUCGGGUUAUACUUCUCGUUCCGAGAGUGAGUUUGAUCCCUUUGGUGCAGGCCAUGGAUGCAACAGUAUUUCUGCGGGGCUUGGAAUGGCGAUUGCACGGGAUAUUAAAGGGAAGAGAGAACGCAUAGUUGCAGUCAUAAGCAAUGAAAGUAUUAUGUCUGGCCAACUUUAUGAGGCUAUGAGCAAUGCAGGAUAUCUUGAUUCAGAUAUGGUUGUGAUAUUAAAUGAUAGCCGUCAGUCGUUACACUCGAAACCAGAGGAUGCCCCUAAAACACCAAUUAAUGCGCUCUCAAGUGCUUUUAGCAAGCUGCAGUCUAGCAGAUUGUUCCGGAAGUUCAGAGAAACUGCUAAGGGUUUAACAAAGAAAAUUGGUAAGGGUAUGUAUGAAUGGGCGGCCAAAGUCGAUGAAUAUGCACGUGGUAUGAUUGGUCCACCAGGAUCAACUCUAUUUGAAGAACUUGGCUUGUAUUACAUUGGUCCGGUGGAUGGCCACAAUAUCGAAGACCUUAUUUGUGUUCUCAAUCAAGUGGCAUCCUUGGAUUCAACUGGUCCUGUUUUGGUUCAUGUUAUAACAACAGAAGAUAAAGAAACACGAGAAGAGAAGCAGAUUGGAAUAUCAAAGAAAUUCAACCAAGAUCCUUAUGACUCAGAUCCACAACCGAGUAAUCGUACCCAAACUUAUAGUGACUGGUUUGGAGAGGCGUUGACCAUGGAAGCACAGCUAGACAAAGACAUCAUGGUAGUUCAUGCUGGAUCGGGAAUGGGAAUGGAUCCGUCGCUUAAAUUAUUUCGCGACAGGUUCCCUGACAGGUUAUUCGAUGUUGGGAUGGCAGAACAGCAUGCCGUCACAUUCUCGGCUGGUUUAUCUUGUGGUGGUUUGAAGCCCUUUUGUAUAAUACCAUCUACCUUUCUUCAACGAGCAUAUGAUCAGGUGGUUCAUGAUGUAGACAGGCAAAAGAUACCAGUACGGUUUGUGAUUCCAAGUGCUGGUUUGGUAGGGUCUGAUGGUCCUACAAAUGCUGGAGCUUUUGAUAUAACCUUUAUGUCAUGUUUACCUAACAUGAUAGUUAUGGCUCCUUCUGAUGAGGUAGAGCUUGCUAACAUGGUGGCAACUGCAUCUUGCAUUGAUGAUAGGCCCGUCUGCUUCCGCUAUCCUAGAGGUGCCAUUGUCAAGUCAAACACCUCUGUUUGCCAUGGAGUUCCAAUUGAGAUUGGUAAAGGAAGAGUUGUUAUAGAAGGUAAAGACAUUGCUUUGCUGGGAUAUGGAUCGAUGGUCCAGAACUGCCUUAGAGCUCAGUCCCUUCUUUCAGAACUCGGGAUUUAUGUAACAGUUGCUGAUGCAAGAUUCUGCAAACCCCUUGAUAUUAAGCUCGUCAGACAAUUGUGUGAAAAUCACUCCUUCUUGGUCACUGUUGAGGAAGGCUCCAUUGGAGGAUUUGGAUCACAUGUUGCACAAUUUAUUACUCUUGAUGGGAAGCUCGAUGGAUCAAUCAAGUGGAGGCCGAUUGUGUUACCAGACAACUAUGUCGAGCAGGCAUCACCAAUGGAACAACUUGCUCUAGCCGGGUUAACCGGACAUCACAUUGCUGCAACUGCUCUUAACCUGCUUGGUCGAACUCGUGAAGCUCUUCUAUUGAUGUGUUAAACAAGACAAGGGUGGUUUUAUACAUUCAAUCUUGAUCUUCUAUUCAUUUAUUUGGUCACCAAUAUCGUAUACUGACCAGAGCAUAUACUUGUCAUGUAACCCUGUAAAUAUGAUUGCAGAUAUGGUUUUGAUUUGCAGCUGGGUUAAUAUGCUAGGUUUCUUGAUAACGUGACAUGACCAAAAACUGUGUCAGUUUCUCGUCGCUUGAAAAUAAACAAAUAAAUAAAAGAAAUCAUGUUGUCA